UCGAUUGGGAAUGUGCCGAAGAGUUGACAGUUGAUAUAAAGUAAGCCAAAGAAAAAAAAAUCCAGAUAAUUAUUGAGAAGGAAUCACAUUUUUGGUUUGUAUAUCAAUCCGUUUGAUUUGAUUGACGGUUUUGAUUUGGUGAAAUUAACGAAAUAGAAUAAAAUGACCCAAUCCACGUACCGAAUUCUUCAGUUCCAUCGGAUGUAAACAAUAAACACAGUGUUAUUGGAUUUGCGCAAUUCGAACAACAAUUCUGACAGCCAGCCAUGUGAAACCGUUUACACACGCUUUGCACAUUAAUUCAAUGCGACAUUGGAUUGUCACACAGUCUUUAUACCAUUUAUGCAUGGCGCCAGCGCAUAAACACUCAAACACCAUGAGCGCCCUUCUUUUUAUUUUUGCGAUAGCCACAUAAACACACUCAUUCAUAUAUCCACACAUAUAUAAGCGUUCAUAUUAUACGCGAAUGCAAUGGACGAGUGAGUCGUUUGUUAGAAGAAUACACAUUGAGUGUGAUACAACAACUGGGUGGAAAAAAAUCGAUAUUUAAAAAGUCAAACGCAGUAAACGACAAACCUAAGAGGAAUACAGAGAAGAAGGAAAACCAAAGCAACACUUGUAUUCCAUUUAUUUUGACGCUGUCAGAAGUGUUCGAAUGUAGUAGCAAAGAUGCGAGGUGGCUCAAGUAAUAACGCAAACAACAACAAUAACAAUAACACCAGUCACAAUAAUAAUUCGACAAUGAUAACGUUGCCCAGAGGAAAUCAGGAUAUGGAAGAAGUGGCUGGCGCACAAGAUACAAUUUAUUUGUGCAAUUUUCGUGUAUCGGUGGAUGGUGAAUGGUUGUGCUUAAAGGAAUUACAAGAUUUAGAUAUACAGGAGAGUUCAAAUGCGCAAAACGAUGAAGCUGGAACGAUGGCUAACUUUGGUAUUGCAAACAAUAAAUGCGAAGACAAAUUGGAUCGUGAUUGGGUCAAUUACUCACGGGACCCAGCAGCGAUUGAACGCAGCAAUUUGGUGAAUAUAUGCAAGCUUGUUGUUAAGGAAUUGUUGGAGCAAUCGAUUCGAUUUGGACGAAUGCUCGAUUCAGAUCAUUUGCCGUUGCAGCAUUUUUUCAUUGUACUUGAGCAUGUGCUGCGACAUGGGCUAAAGCCAAAGAAAGGUUUGCUCGGUCCGAAAAAAGAGCUCUGGGAUAUUUUACAGAGUGUUGAAAAAUACUGUUAUGAAGCUCACGAUAUAACGGCCAGCGUUCGAGAUUUGCCAACAGUUCGAACGCAUAUGGGUCGUGCCAGAGCAUGGCUUCGCAUUGCAUUGAUGCAAAAAAAAUUGGCCGACUAUUUGCAAGCACUCAUGGAACACAAAGACGAAGCAUUGGCCGAAUACUAUGAACCGCAUGCAUUGAUGAUGAGCGACGAAAUCGUUAUAAUAAUGGGCAUUUUGGUCGGUUUGAAUGUGAUCGACUGCAAUUUAUGUUUCAAAGAGGAAGAUCUAGAUUCACAACAAGGCGUCAUAGAUUUUUCAUUGUAUUUACGAACCAGUUCCCGUGCAAGUCCCGACGAUGAAAAUGUUCAUGUGGCCGCAAUUGAAGGGCCCGCCGGCAAUAUGACAGCUGUAUUAGACCAAAAGAACUAUAUCGAAGAAUUAAAUCGACAUUUGAAUGCGACCGUUGGUAAUUUACAAUCGAAAGUCGAAGGUCUAACCACAACAAAUGCAUUGAUGAAAGAGGAUUUGCAAAUUGCACGAAAUAGUUUAAUGGCAUUGCAAGCCGAAAAUUUGGCAUUGCGUCGAAAUACACAGCAAGGCAAUGACGGUACCAAGAAUGACAAUCCAAACAAUGGUCUCGAUCACAUCGAUCCAGAGAUGGCACAAGCAUUAGCAACCGAAAAAAAGAAGCGAUUAGAUAUUGAACGUGAAUUAGAACUUCAAAUUUCGUUGAAAGCCGAAACGGAAAUGGCCAUGAAGCUGCUUGAAAAAGAUAUCCACGAAAAACAAGAUACAAUAGUCUCGCUUCGGCGUCAACUCGAAGAUAUCAAGCAAAUUAAUUUGGAAAUGUAUAAUAAGUUACAGGAGUGUGAAUCAUCACUGAAGCAUAAAAGCGAAUUAUUGGCAAAACUUGAAUCGCAAAAGGAAACAAUGGCCAAUGUCAUUGUUCAGCUUGAGAAAAAAUAUGCCAAUGAAAUUCAAAGUUUGACAGCGUUACAGGAAACGUCACAAGCUUUAUCGUUGCAAGUAAUUGCAUGUGAAGAGCGUGCAUCACGGUGUGAGACAGAUGUGCGUGUCGAACGUGAAUGGCGUAUUGAUCUUCAAGACAAAGAACAAAAGGCUUUGGCCACAAUCAGUGCAUUGCAAUUGCAAAUCAAACAGCUAAACGAUGAAAUCAAAAAUCACGAUCGAAUGCGCAACGAUCUGGAACGAUUGAAGAAACAAUGGUCGGAGGCGCAAAUCACUCUCGAAGAAUUGGGCAUCCAAUUAAGCGUUAGCAAAUUACAAGUUAGCGAAUUUCAAGAGAAAUUGAAAAAUUCCGAACAAACCACUUCACGGCUUAUCAACAGUGAUUCCAAUGGCAGUGUUUGGACACCGGAUGCAUCAACAUCAAAUUGCAAAAAAUGCGAACGAGAAUUCAGUCUUACGCGACGCAAGCAUCACUGUCGAAAUUGUGGCUUUAUCUUCUGUGCCAGUUGUUCGGCCAGCUGUGCACCACUUCCAAAUGACCAGGGCCAAAUUGGGAAAAAGCCAGUUCGUGUGUGUGAUGGAUGUUGGCAAAUCAUAAAUGCAGCCCGGAUUACAUAAUUGACAACAAUAUAUAAUAGAGUCACGUUCUUUAAAAAAAAAUAUAAAUUACGGUGCAACGACCUCGAAAUCUAUAUGUUUAAUCAUGUUUUGUACAAGUUUACUUAUAUAUUACCAUACAUAUAUAUAUAUAUAUAUUUGAUUAUUAAGAAGUCCAACAAUGUCAAGAGUCAACUUUUGAUAGCAGAGCAACAUUUAAAAGACAUAAGUCAAUUGGAGAAAAAAUUUAGUAGAAAAAUGGAUAAUUUUUUUAUACCGAAAAAGAGAAACGACGAAAACGUUUUUAUACAAAUUUAUAAGAUUUCUGGCUGAAUGAUUAACGAUGCAAAGCAGACAGAAAGCAGAGAGAAAAUCGAAUAUAUUUUGCUACGCAAAAAUGAAUUUUUAAUAAUAAUUUAAUCUGUUGAAAUAUGAAGCAGAUGAAUUAUGCAGAAGAUAAAAUUUUAUUAAAUCGUCAAGACAAGUCCUUUUUAAAAAAUUAUAGAAAUGUUGAAUUAUUCUGAAGUCAAAGAAGUAUAGCAGUUUUCAUUUUA